AUGGAAUUAGAUGAUGAUAAAGAUGGUGAACCAAGUAAUUCAGAAUAUAAUACAGCAGAAAAAGAUCUAGAUAUCUACUUUGAAAAAAUAAAAGACCCAUAUAUAAAUAGAAAAUCAAAAGCAGAAAAUUUUAAUGAAGGUGAGUAUGAAACAAUAGAAAUUAUAAGAGAAGAUCAAAUUAGAGCUGUUAUAGAAAAGGAGUAUAAUGAAAUUAUUUAUAAGAUAGAAGAUGAAACAUUACAAAAAUCAGAAUGGUUAUUUGUUCAAGCAAAAAAG